AUGUCGGCUUCUAGUCCAAUAAAGCGCAAGCUCGUGAUUGUAGGAGAUGGCGCAUGUGGAAAGACAUCACUACUAUGCUCUUUCGCUUUGGGAGAGUUCCCCCGGGAUUAUCAACCUACUGUGUUUGAUAACUAUGUGGCCGAAAUUCGACUUGACGACAAGCCAGUCCAACUAGCCCUUUGGGAUACUGCUGGACAAGAAGAAUAUGAGCGUUUACGGCCCAUGUCCUACUCCAAAUCACACGUGAUCCUCAUUGCGUUCGCUCUGGACACUCCCGACUCACUCGAAAAUGUGCAAACAAAGUGGAUAGAGGAAGUUCGCUCUAUUUGUGGCUCGUCAAUUCCUGUUAUCCUCGUUGGAUGCAAGGCCGACCUGCGGCCGACAACAUCUCAUCCAAACACGCCGGAUAACCCUUGCCCCUGGGUUACUCGGGAGCAGGGUGAACGAACUGCCAAAGCAAUUGGCGCACGUGCCUACAAGGAAUGCUCUGCACUCAAAAUCGAAGGUGUCGACGAGGUAUUCGAAGCCGCCACUCGAGCAAGCAUGUUGAUGCGAGAUGGCGUACCGGGGACGGGUGAAUCCAAACACCACAGGAGGAAGAGCAGUGGAAAGGCGAUACCUGAGAAGGAGGAGAGUGGCGGUUGUUGCAUUGUUUGUUAA